AUGUCAUUACACGGUAAUGAUGUUUGUUUGCUAGAAGUGGAAGACUAUAACUUAUACGAAGAAGAGGCAUCUGAUCACGCUUUGACCAGUGACAAGCAUCCAGGAACAGGAAGAAAGACAAUGGAGGCUGAAAAGCGGAUUCGAAGAGAAAUUGCUAACAGCAAUGAACGUCGACGAAUGCAGAGUAUUAAUGCUGGCUUCCAAGCACUACGUACUCUGUUACCACGUCAUGAAGGAGAAAAGCUAAGCAAAGCUGCCAUACUACAGCAGACAGCUGAAUAUAUUUACAACUUGGAACAAGAAAAGACGAGACUUCUUUCUCAGAAUUGUCAAUUGAAGAGAUUGCUAAAUCAACAUGAAGGAGGUGAAAUACCCCUGAAGAAGAGAAAAGGAGAUAUUAUCACUCAUGUGCCAGCCAUAAUUCCGGACUCUACUGAAGAUACUUUAACCACAUCCAGAUCACCUGAGCCAGUCGCUGUGAUAUCUGUGACAAGUGUUCCACAGAAAAAAGAAGUGGAAAGCAGUGAAUUACGAGUUCAGCUGGAUCGUGAACGGAGACUUCGACGGCACCUAGAAGAGCGUCUACAUGCACUUGAAGCUCAAAUUUACCCAAACAGUACCCACGAAUUAAGUCGUCCUGUAAUUCAUUUUGAACAAACUGACAUUGCAGAAUGUAAAUUGGAAAGUGAGGAAGUAGAGCCGCCCCCUGUUGAGCCCGCCGUUGUAGCAGCUCCGUUACUAGAAGCUGCCAUCAAAGCAGAGCCACGUGUUGAAGUAGAAGUUCUUCCUGAUGCAAAUCAUGAUGCACCAUCACGACUCUAUCUCGCGAGCACUAGUCGACAGAACUUGGAAACUAUUGUGGAGGCCAUUCGUCACCUUGAGGGGGAUCAUUUGUUCCGUGAAGAAGCUGGUGAUGCACCUCUAGCUCUCACUAAGAAGGCAGAACAUCCACCACCUCCAAGACCUGGUGUAAUUGUUGUGAAGCAUUCGUGA